CGCGCACACUCCGAAAAAUAUUAUUAUUAUUGUUGUGUUCACAAUAUUGUCUACAGGUAUGAUUUAAUAUCGCGAUUAUUAGUAUAUAUAUACCAAUAUAUCAUAUAUUAUUAUUAUUAUUAUUAUUAUUAUCAUCAUCACCAUCGUCAUUUUAAUUUAUUAUCGUUGACGUGUGAGCUGUUUCGCCGCCGGCGCUCGGUACCGAAACGUUUUAUUUAUUAUUAAUAUCAUAUUAUUUUUACGUUGGGGUGCGAAAAUCAAAACUCAUCGUCUCCGUACUAAUAAUAACUACAUCGUGAUAACAUAAAAUAAUAAUAUUAUUUUUCGUGCGCGUAAUCUGUGCGAAAGUUACGCGCAUUACGUACAAACAGUAUAAUAUAAUAUUAUUAUUAUUAAUAUUAUGCCGUUCGGUCCGUUUCGCACGGCGCGUCGCGCGUCGUCGGACCUAAACGCCGAGUACUCCCGCCCCGGCCCCCGCCCCCACAGGCAUCGCGCCGCCGUCGAACGCCAUCGUCGGCGGCGGUGACUGACGGCGCGUCGCGGAGGAGGUCCACACUCAUCUAUUUAAACGCACCGGACGCGUUGCUCGCCGUUUUGUCGCAUCGCACACGCCAUGUCGCGCACUGUCAGCCGCGAUUUUUCGCGGUCGAACGACGACGAAAACGUGACCACAGUAUUGUUGGUCGCAGCCAACGGCAGACGAAAAUCCGUCGUCGUCAACCUGCGCCGGCACGGUUCCUCGUCCAACAGUUGGAUCUCAAUGUGGUCGAUUUUCGACUUUUUGAUGAUUUUGUGCGUUUGCAUUGUGCAGCUAUCAGCGAAAGGUACAGUUAUGAACACACCGUGUCCUACUAUUGAUGACUGCUGUGUUCGCAACAUGACCAAUUUUUGGAAACAUAAAACUGAGUUGCAUUGUUCGGGGAUUCAAUACAUACCGGUUGUUAAUGAGAUAAUACACGUGCUAACUAUUGAUGAUUCAGACGAUAUUAAAGAAUUAUCAGAAAAAUCGAUUAGUCCAUAUAAUAAUCUUACAGAUAUAAUAUUAAACAACUUGAAAAACCUAGAACAUUUGGAUUCGUCAACUUUCAAAAAUUUAAAUAAAUUGCAGUCAUUAUAUAUAUUGCGAGCUAGUGUUUUGAAAGAACUACCUCCCGAUAUCUUUCAUGGUCUUUCAAAAACGUUUUUAGUACUUCGUAUAAGUAAAGCGAAUCUUAAGGCCAUUCCUGAUCUUUCAGACCUUGGAACUCCGACUGCGAUGCACAUAAUUGAAUUUGAAGGAAAUCAAUUGGACACAUUACCAACGAAUGGAAUUAAAACUCGAGCAGAACAGUUAUUAUUGGAAUAUAAUAAAAUAAGUGUGGUAGAAAAUUGGGCAUUCAAUGGUUCUGAAAUAGCAAAACUGAGUUUGAGAGGAAAUUAUUUAGACUUUUUGUCUGAACACAGUUUUGAUGGAAUUUUAAACUUACGGACGCUAGAUUUAUCACAUUCCUCAAUGAAAGUAUUACCGACAUCGGGAUUGAAAAGCUUAGAGGUUCUUCGCAUAGAAAAUGCUCCUUUUAUGACUGUGAUUCCUUCAGUUUAUUUAUUUGGUAAUUUAAAAGAAGCUUAUCUCACUUACUCAUUCCACUGUUGCAGUUUUCAGUUUCCAGCUAAACAUGAUUAUUCAUCAUAUGAGUUUCAUAAAGAAGAUUCACAAACUCCGAGUGAAUGCGUUCAGACAAAACAAAAUUACGACUUUCAAGUGGUAUCAAAUGAUUUUAUUGAAAACGGUUAUAUAGAUUAUGCAAACGAUAGCGAAGAAGAAUUUUUUAACGAGCCAGCCAUUACAAAUAGAACCCAGGACAUUAUAUGUGGAAAUAUUACUCCACCUAACAUGGAAUCCGAUGUCAAAUGUUGGCCACAACCAAACGCCUUGAAUCCAUGCGAAGAUAUAAUGGGUUUCUAUUGGCUUAGAGUGUGCGUUUGGCUAGUGGGAAUCGCAGCGUUACUGGCAAACGUAGUUGUACUGUUGGUGGUUUUCCGUAAAAAGUUUAAUUACUCCGUGCCCAGAUUUCUGAUGAGUAAUUUGGCUUUCGCCGACUUUUGUACGGCCAUUUAUUUGUUGCUAUUGGCUUACGAGGAUUUGGUGUCCAGUGAAAAAUAUUUCAACUACGCUUACACAUGGCAAAACGGCGUUGGAUGCAAAAUCGGAGGUUUCUUGACGGUUUUUUCGUCUCAACUAUCGGUUUUCGCGUUAUGCUUGUUAACGCUUGAACGGUGGUACUCAAUACGCAGGGCACUAUACACAAACAAAAUGACGUUCGCUUCAACUGUGAGAAUAAUGGCUUUUGGUUGGGUGUAUUCAAUUGUAAUGGCAACCAUGCCGUUAUUGGGCAUUUCGAGUUAUUCUACUACCAGCAUCUGCCUGCCCAUGGACACGGCUCGCGCGAGCGGCAUGUGCUACGUGUUCACUCUGUUGACGUUCGCCGCUGCCGCAUUUCUGCUGAUGCUGUUCUGUUACGUGCAGAUCUACAUGUCGCUGAGCUACGAGACCCGUCACGCGGCCAAGGGGGAGGCGUCCGUGGCCCGCAAGAUUUCGGUGCUGAUCGGCACGAACUUCGCGUGCACCGCGCCCGUCAUUUUCUUCGGCUUCACAGCGCUGCUCGGCUACCCGCUCAUCGACGUCACCAAGUCGAAAAUACUGCUCGUCUUCUUCUAUCCCAUCAAUUCGUGCGCCAAUCCGUUCCUCUACACCAUACUCACGGCAAGUUUCAGACGCGAAGCCUUCUCCACCGUCACCAAGUUCGGUCUUUGUUUGGAGAAUGAGAAAGAAUAUAAAGUGAUUUAUUCAACGCAAACCAACAACACCCAACGCUUAACUCCGGUACACAAACACACAUUGUCGUUGACGUUGCCUCAGCCCUGAAUGAAAAAAAAACAUUCGACAAUAUAAUCUACUCUACUAUUAUUAUUAAUUUUUUUUCGUCAUAAUUAUUAUUAUUAUUAUUAUUUAUUAUUUAUUAUUAUUAUUUGCAGUUGCCAUAUAGUACGUAUUGUAUAUUGUAAAGCUUAUUAUUACUGCGAUCGUCGGCCUCGAUUAAACAGCACGAAUGGUAUGAUAAUAUAAUAUUAUAUUAUGUGUGACGUGUGAACGGGCGACUAUCAGAGUCGUCGCUGGCGAUCGGUCCACAAAUAAUAACUCUAAACGCGUAAUUAUCUGAAUCGUCUAAAAUCUCCGGUAAACGUAUAGUAUAACAUUAAUAUCAAUAAAUCAAUAGGUACCUACAAAAAACAUAUUAUUUAUAUUUACGCCUUUAGAUUCCAGUCUCGCAUAAAAUGCAUUUUUUUUAGCCAUGUGCAGUAUAAAAAACAUUAUUGCGUCCCACACUCUGAGAAUUAUCCACUACCUAUCCGCAUUAUCCGGCGAGUCUUAAAAUUAUUUUUGCACUCCGUCAAAACCUUGACAUAUUAAUUGAGCGUUAUUAUUAUCAUGUUAUUAUCGAUUUUUCGACUCUUAUUUUUCCCGUUUUCUAUCGAUCAUAUAAUAACAUUUUUAUGUUUUAUUACUCGCACCCACUCUUUCAAUAUAUUAUAUAUUGCUUAUGUAUAUUAUAUAUAGUUAAUAGAUCUGCUUCCCUCCACCAUCCCCCUUAUG